AUGUGUUGUCACUUCCCUGGAGUACUGCUCCAAAACUUCUCAUCUCCCGAGCCGACAUCAACCCCUACACUUCUGGCUUUGCCUACGCUGGCGGCUACUACCACUCCUUCUGUCCUCAGCUUGUGCCGAAAGCAAAAGUCUGCAGGUGAUGCCAGUGGUGCAAGACAUGUCCAUCCACGUAUGGAAUUACCAGCUCAAAGCAUCACGAUGGCCGAGCUGUUCGAUGGCAAGGUUCAUAGUCCUGAGCCUUUGCCUGCACCUAGUAUUGCUAUAGGCAUGGACUUUAUCGACCUGACGUCUGAUGGCUCCAUGGUCGGAGGCUCUUCCGGGCCUUCUUCAAGCCGCAGUUCAACAAGGAGGAGGAAGGCAUCGAGCUUGCCGAUGGACUUCAUUGACCUGUCAUCAGAGGACUCGGGCAAGUACAGCUGCUGCCUUAAACUCCAGCCUGAGGUUAUUGACUUGACCUAUCUUGAGAGCGAUGAGGAUUAA